GGGCAGGGGCCGGACGGGCCGCGCCGCCAUAUUGGCUGUUGUCCUGGCUGCGGCGGGCGGCGGGCCGCGCUCGCCAUGACUCGCAGGCGGAACAAGGCAGCAGCGGCGGCAGGCGGCUCCGCGCCUCGUCGUGAGAGGGUAGGGGGUUCCGACGCUGGUCCUCCCCCCCCACCUCCGCCACCGCCGCCGCCACCGGAACCGCCCGCCCCGCCUGAGGUGGUGGUGGCGGCGGGCAGCAGCGGGGAGCCGGUCAGAGCCACCGCUCAGGUGCUGCCCACCACCAACCAGUCAGUGCAGACGUGCUGCCUGCUCUGUCACCGGGAGCGCAAGGACUGGGGAGGGCAGUCCCACAAUGGGCUGGUUUCCCCGGGUGAGAGGCUGCCACCGGACUUCGUGCCAACGCUCGUGCAGAACCUCCUGGGAGAAAUGCCACUGUGGAUCUGCCAGAGCUGCCGGAAGAGCGUGGAGGAGGAAGAGCGGCGGGCAGUGCAGGAGCAGGCCCUGGCGGUCUCGUUAUCCCACACAUCCUGCAAGUCGCAGUCUUGUGGGGGUGGCUCCCACUCCUCUUCCUCCUCCUCUUCCUCUUCUUCCUCCUCGUGCCACGGGAACUCAGGGGACUGGGACCCCAGCUCUUUCUUGUCUGCUCACAAGCUCUCUGGCCUCUGGAAUUCGCAACACACCAAUGGGGCUGCGCAGGGCAGCCCCCUCGGGGCUCCCCCAGCUGCACUAGGUGACAAGCACCCCAGCCUCAUGGUGUCUCCGGAGUGCGGCAGUCAGGCGCCCGCCAUGGCGCCAGGGCUCAAGGCCUGUCCCUACAGCCACGCAGCCUCCCCAACCUCCAGCAGCACCACCCCAGGCUCCCCUCUGCCUACCUCACUCGACUUCUGCAAGACGCUGCCGAAGCAGUUCAAAAGCAUGUGCCGGAGGGCCGCCCCGCCAGGUGAGGCCUUCCACUCCUCAGAGCAUCAUCAGCACUCGGACCUCACUGCUCCUCCCAACAGUCCCACUGGCCUCCCCUCCCAGCCGCCAGCGCUGAUCCCCUCCAAGCAGACGCCUGCCCAUGCGGGGCCCUUCGGCUCGCCCCCCCACCUCCCCCUGGGCACCUCCCCGCAGGCCACGAUCUUCCCAGCGCCCAGCGCGCAGGCGGCAGCCCCGAAACCGGCAUCCGAGUCCCCUCCCACCGGCACGGUCUCACACAGCCCAGGGUCCUGUAAGAGCCCCCACCUGCCUCCUGCCAAUGUGCCACUGCUGAAGAUGCCGCCGCCGCUGUCGGGCUGUGCUCACCCCUGCAACGGGCACUGCAGUACGUCACUCAUCCCUCCUGUCUCCCACCAGCUGCCCAGCACGAACAGGGACCCUUCUUGCAAAGGGCACAAAUUCCCAAACGGUACCAGCUGCCACCCGCUGCAGCCGUGCGAGGCAGAUGAGGGGCUUGGGGAGGACGAGGACAGCAGCUCGGAGCGCAGUUCCUGCACCUCCUCCUCCACCAACCAGAAAGACGGGAAGUUCUGCGACUGCUGCUACUGUGAGUUCUUCGGCCACAACGCGCCCCCUGCCGCUCCCACGAGCCGCAACUAUGCCGAGAUCCGGGAGAAGCUGCGUUCACGUCUCACCAAGAGGAAAGAGGAGCUGCCACAGAAACUAGGGCACAACAGCAGCUCGGGAGAGCCCGCUGUGGAUCAUCGCAACGUGGAUGAGCUGCUGGACUACAUCAACAGCACAGAGCCCAAGCCCUUGAACAGUGCCAAGGCGGCCAAGCGGGCACGGCACAAGCAGAAGAAGAAGGAGAAGGAGAAAGCCCAGUUGGAAGCAGAGGCUCAGAAGCGGGCAGAGCGUGCCCCUGCAGCCAGCCAGGCCAGGGAGCUGUCUGAGGAGAAGCUGCUGGAGUGGCCAGAGCUGGAGCUGGAGCGAGUGAACAGCUUCCUCAGCAGCCGGCUGCAGGAGAUCAAGAACACCAUCAAGGACUCCAUCCGGGCCAGCUUCAGCGUCUAUGACCUCAACCUGGAUGUCAAUGACUUCCCCAAGAAGGCAGCUGUCCUGGAGCAGAAGAACCUGCUCUCCCACCUGAAUGGCUCCUCUGACCUGCAGGACAUAGACCUGGCCCUGGCCCCCCUCAGCCUGGGCCCCGCCAAGAGCCACAAGCUGCUGCGGGGGGAGCUGGGCCCCCGAUGGGGUGAGGGGCCAGGAGAGCCGCCGCCGGCAGAGAACGGGGUGGUGAAGCGCCUCAGCGCCGUGCCCAGCCUGUCCCGCAUGAUCUGGGUGCAGUCCAAGGCUGCGGACUCUGCCGCCGAUGGCAGCGGGCUGAGCCCAGAGCCCAAGGAUGGACCGCAGCCCAAGGGGCCGCCGGAGCUGCCGGAGCCGGUGCCUGCCGGGAGCCGGCAGCGGAAGAACAAGCGGCAGAGCGGGCAGGUGAAGAAAGGGGAGGGCAGCGCCGCGGUGCCCGGCGGCCAGGCCCGGCUGGAGGGCCCUGGCACGAAGGGGCAGGUGCUGGGAACCAAGCACCCUUCCAAGGCUGGCACCCUGGAGCCACAGCGGGCAGGCAGCUGUGCCGAGCCGGGGGAGAGCAGCAAAGGGCAGCUCUGGGGUGGUGCCAGGCCCGAGAAGGAGAGAAGCAGCGAGUGGAAAAGCCGGAGGGGAGAGGGCAAAGCUGAGCUGCCAGAGCCAGCAGUGCAGCAGCCUCCUGCCCUGGCCGCAGGGGACCGGCAGCUGCCUGCCCCCCCUACUCUGGGGGGCUCCCCCCAGCCCAAGGGCAAGAGCAGGAAGAGCCGGAACAAGGUGGAGAAAUCCAAUACCUCGAUCGAUGACGUGUUCCUGCCCAAGGACCUGGACGGGGCGGAGAUGGACGAGACUGACCGAGAAGUGGAGUAUUUCAAGAGGUUCUGCCUGGACUCGGCCAAGCAGACGCGGCAGAAGGUGGCGGUGAAUUGGACCAACUUCACCCUGAAGAAAACCACUUCCAGCGCGGCCCAGUGAGGUGUGGGUGAGGGGGGAGCCGCCCCCCACCCGCCGCCGCUCGCCUCUCCUCACUGUGCCCCCCGCCUCGGUGGGCUCCCCUCCCCCUCCGCGGGGGGCCCCGGUGCUCUCCUGCCCCGCGGGGACCCCCGGGGCUGCCCCCUCCUCCUCGUGCCCCACCCCGCGGGGUCACCCCCCACCCCCGGCCGUCCUGUCCCCCUCUCCGUGGGCGCCCGGCUCCCUGCGCCGCGGGGAAGGACCGUGCUGGACCCAAUAAAGAACUUUUUAAUUUUUUAUUUUAUUUAAA